AUGUGUUCCUCGAAAUUGAGUUUUCCUGCGUGCGGAUUUUUAGUGACCUUCGAAGACAAGCGGAAAGAAAAUUUCGAUCGUGGUCAAGCCGAGAUCGAGCGGCGGAGGAAAAUAUUGCAAGAACAACAGCAACGUGAAAUCGAAGAGCGGCAGCGGAAAGAACGGGAAGAGAUGGAACGACUGGAAAGGAUAAGUAUGUUCAAGCGUUACAUCGUAUUCCUCAGGCUCGAACAGGAGGCCAAAAAGCAAGCAGAACUCGAAAAGCAGCUCCAGCGCCAGCGGGAAAUCGAGGAAGCCCGCGAGGAGGAACGCCGCCGAAUUCAAGAGCAGCGGGAAACCGCCCGGAAAAAAGAAACAUUCCGACUGCGAAACAUAUUCAACGUCACGCGUGCCCUUUCGUGUAAUAGGGAAAUGGAACGCCAACGUCAGCUGGAAUGGGAGAAACAACGCAGGCAGGAAUUACUGCAGCAACGUCAAAGAGAGCAGGAAAGGGUCGUGCAUUUGAAAGCCCAAAGUCAGCGACUUGCUGCUGAAUUAGAACAAAUGGAUGGAAAGAUCAAGGAGUUGACUGACAAGGUAGCCGACACGCGGUCUUCUGUAAUCAGCGUGAAGGGCACUAUCGAUGGAAUGCGGGAAACCCGAGACGAAAAAAUUGACGAGUUGAAUAAGUAUAAAAAACUUCUCAUGGAACACCAGCAGCGUAUGAUGGUCGUGGUUCAAGAAAAAGCCAAACUCUCCGAAAGGAACAGAAUGAAUAUGACCACAGCCCCAGAUGGAAAUGCGAUGGCAGCUACGUUUGCCAAGAAGCAAGCUGCGAUUAAUGAUCUGAAGGCGAAACUGGACGAAUAUAAGGCAGACGAGGAUCAAAAACUCGGAGAACUGAGCACAUUUACCGAGGAAUUGGCGCAGCUGAAAACGCUGCUCACCGAGUUGCUUCACAAUCAGAAAAACUUGGUUGUUUCCUAUCGGGAAAAGCGUGUCAAGGUGAUGGAUACUCGCGAACGCGUAAAAAGUGAGCGACUGAAAGCGUUGCUGGACCCAACAGCCGCUUGGGGAGACGACACCACACCAAUUGAUGUUGGGCCACCUGUUCAAGACGGUUGGGGAGAACCUGCUCGUACGUAUUUCCGGCUUUUUUCAGUGAAUAAUUUCGAAGUGAUGCAUUUAUACAUUUCUUCGACAUUCUUCACAAUAGCUGCUGUGGAGAUGCCUCCGCCGGGAACGCUUUAUCGCGCUCUGUACGAUUUUGAGCGACGGAAUCCGGAUGAAUUGUCAUUCUACGCCGGAGACAUAACUGAGGCUGGUAGUCAUGAAGCUGGCUGGUUCCAUGGGGAUUUGAACGGAAGUUCUGGCUGGUUCCCCGAGUCAUACGUUGAGCUAGUAACCGAAGCUGUUGUUCCGGAUGCGGAUAUUCCGAUUGCCAGUGCGGAACCGGUACUUCCGGAAGUUGAUCUCCCGCAGGAGGAUGCCUUCAUACCAGUGAAGGACGAGCCUUCUGCAUACGAACCUCCGACGAACACUUUUAAUGGCUCAGCGUUCACAUCGGAGGUGAAUGGUUCUUUUGUGGAUGGCGCUCCACCAGCAGGAUGUUGUGUUGCUCUGUACGCCUACGAGAGCGCAGAACCCGGUGAUCUGAAUUUCCAGCAAGGAGAAACCAUUUACUUGGUGAAGGACGAAGGUGACUGGUGGACUGGUUACCUCCAGGAUCCGAAUCACACCGGAGUAUUCCCUGCUAACUAUGUUCAGAAAGUGGACCAACCUGUUACGGCUGAGGAAGAAGCGAGUGUCACCAACUCGGUUCCUUACGUCGAGCCGGUCGCCGAGGCCGACAUCGACGUUGCCGAGCAAGAACCCUAUAUUCAGCAAGAACCCUACGUUCAACAAGAACCCUUUGUUCAACAAGAACCCUACAUUCCCACUGGACCCUAUGAAGGAGCCACUGUUGAGACCCCCCCUGCCGGAUCUGGCUCCGUUACUCCUAUCGGGAGGGCUCCCAUGGUUCCCCAGCAAAAAGGAAAGAAGUUGGAGGUGGCCAAGGUGAUCGCGCCGUAUCAGGCUGCGAGUGCGGAGCAGCUGAAUCUCCAACGAGGCCAGUUGUUGCAAAUUCGGAAGAAAUCCAGUUCCGGUUGGUGGGAAGGAGAGCUGCAGGCCAAGGGACAGAAAAAGCAAGUUGGUUGGUUUCCCGGUACUUAUGUCAAGAUUCUUGUUGGAAGUCGGAGUGGCAGUGCUGCUUCUUCGACAAGAACUUCUCCUUUGCCUAAGGAGAUGUUCGAUGCUCCGCCCAGAGAGCAAUUCAUCGCUUUGUACAGCUACGUUGCACAGAAUGCUGAUGAAUUAUCUUUCGAGAAGGGUGAGAAGAUUUCGAUCAUAUCCAGAGAUGAGAAGGACUGGUGGAAAGGAGAGCUGAAGAGCGGGGAAACUGGCUUGUUCCCUGCGAACUACGUUGAGCUUCUCCGCGGACCUGACUCAGGGAACUGUGAGUAA